UACUUCUAAAAUCUAACAGUCAAUCUAUCAUUCAAAGAGGCAUCCGACUCCUUCCCUCUCCAAUGUCAACGUAGCUAGGACUGUUCUAUACAUGGUGAAACCAAAAUAGUAGAACAUUCCAUAUAUAAGAAAAAACACAGCAAUGGUAGCUAGCUAGACAACAAAAAUGGAGAUGACAAGGUGUUUGUUGUUGGGGUUUGAGGCAAGCAAGGCAUACUUGUUCCUCACUUUGAACGAACUCUUCCUUGCUGUAUUCAUGAUAUUGGUACAGUCACUAACCUCCAAUGGCGUCAGUGCCCUCGUCCUUGUGGUCUACGAGCAUGUCAUCGCCACCGUUCUCUUGUCAUUUCUCGCUUUCUUCCUUGAAAGGAACAAUAGGCCUCCUUUCUCCAUCAAGAUACUAUGCUAUGCAUUCCUGUUGGGGUUGUUGCAGAUUUCUCUUAGCCAAGUGCUAUUCACAAUGUCCCUGCAAUUUGUAGCAUCAACCUAUCAAAGCGUUGGGCUGAACUUGAUCCCCUCACUAGUAUUUGUAAUGGCCCUCAUUUUCCAUCAAGAAAAGCUCAAAUGUUGGAGCAUCAACGGGCAAGCCAAGAUAUGGGGUUUAGCACUCACGGCUGCCGGGGCAUUGGUUGUACUGUUGUGGAAGGGGCCAGUUGUGUUAAACUCUAUGUUCAACAUUCAAGCAACCAGUGAUGUUUUCACUGGCAGCAUAAUGAUAAUUGUUGGAGUACUUGCAAAAAGCUUUUCCAAUAUUUUGGUGGGUCAUGUCAUUCAGUUUUGCCCAGCAGAACUAUCCUUAACCGCAAUGAUGAGCUUAUUUGGCACCAUCCAAACUGCCGUAGUCUCUGCAUUUGUGAUAUCAUGGUCAUCUUGGGAUCUAAAGUGGGAAAAAGGGCUUGUCUUGGUUACCAUACUACUUGGAGGAAUUGUGGUGACAGGAUUAUCAUAUUAUGUGAUGACUUGGUCCAUUAAGAAGAAGGGUCCUGUAUUCACAUCGGCAUUUGACCCACUUUUAGUGGUUUUCUCAUUUUUUCUACAGACAUUUGUACUGGGAAAUUCUGCAUAUUUGGGCAGCAUUGUCGGAGCUGUUUUGGUUAUACUUGGCCUGUACCUAAUUCUCUGGGCAAAAAACAAUGACAUGGACAACAAAGGAAUUGUGACUGAUGAUUCUGUUUACUCUCCCUUAAUUCAACCAUGAACGAGAGAGAAGCCAGAUUUCAACAAGAAGCUGUAAUUCACAUGGCAUUCCUAUGGCUAAGUGACUUGGUAAUAUGGAAAAGCAGAUUGUUCUAUUUGUUCUUUUUCUUUUUUGUUCUGUUCAUUCCAUCUCAUAGUGGAUGGGCUAUCUUUAACUCCAAAAAUAGCAAACUUUAAGCUUUGAUAAUGACUUUUGUAUUAUAAUUUUGUUGAGCAAUUGUGAUAAAUAAUAUUUUGAUGUCA